CAUAUGAUGUAACCGAAGUGUUUAGAUCAGGAUGUGAAUAUGGUCACUGUUAACUAGCUAGCAGGCUGGGGUAGUGUUACUUCUUGUAGCUUUAUCUGUGUCGAUUUUCUGACAUUUACAAGACAACAGUAAACCGUAAAGGAACAUACCAAACAACAUGUUUGCAAGACCGUCUUCUAUGCGCGUGAGAUGUGGAAUCGCUGUUCUUUUUUCCUUUGUGUUAGGUUACUGUGAAUGCACAGUAAAUGGCCUGGAGAUUGACCCUUUGGUUUAUGACGAGCAGUUGUUGUGGGUGGCCGGAGGGGCUGGGGAGGUGGACACCUACCGUAUCCCCUUGGUCAGCUUCACCCCAAGGGGCAGUCUGCUUGCCUUUGCAGAGGCUAGGAAGGCAUCACAAAAUGACAUAGGAGCCAAGUUUAUUGCCCUGCGUCGCUCAACAGACAGAGGGGCCACCUGGUCUCCCACCUCGUUCAUAGAGGAUGACGGUUCUCUGGAGGAUGGUCUUAACCUGGGCUCAGUGGUGGCGGAUGAGGAGCAGGGCUCCAUCAUGCUGAUCUACUCUAUCUGUUUCCACCGCUACCACUGCAGCCCCUCAAGCACCAUGAUGGUGGAGAGUUUGGAUGAUGGCCUGAGCUGGAGUCCCCCACGCAACCUCUCUGUCCAGCUGGGGGUGAAGAGCUUCGCCCCCGGGCCUGGUUUCGGCAUCCAGAAGCGCUACCCCCCAGCGAAAGGCCGCUUGGUGGUGUGUGGUCACGGCAGCAUUGAGGGGGAUGGGGUUUUCUGCAUCCUGAGUGACGACCAUGGACGGAACUGGAACAAUGGCGCUGCGCUGAAGAGCAUCCCCUACAACCAGCCCAAACAAUCCGGAGACUUCAACCCAGACGAGUGCCAGCCUGUAGAGAUGGAGGACGGCAGCAUUGUCAUCAACGUGCGCAACCAGUACAACUACCACUGCCGGUGCCGUGUGGUGGUGCGCAGCCUAGACGGAGGGGAAUCUCUGCCCUUGGAGGAGCUGAUUUUUGACUCCACCCUGGUGGACCCUGCGGUGGCAGCGGGGGCUCUGCAGAAGGAGGGCGUGCUCUACUUCACCAAUCCUGCCAGCAGCCAACAGAGGGUAAACCUUACCCUCCGCUGGUCUCUGACAAAUGGCACGUCUUGGGAGAAGAACGCUGUUCAGAUAUGGGCCGGGCCAAGUGGCUACUCGUCUAUGACAUCACUGAGGAGCGACUACCCUGAGGACAGGAAGUACAUAUUUGUCAUAUACGAGAAAGGCCACAAGGACUAUGACGAGACCAUCUCAUUUGCCAAGAUCCAUCUCUAUGGAGGACGGUAGAGCCGGGCUGGGGCAGGAGUGUCUUAAUGUGGGCAGUUGGAUCAUUCAUUUCUUAUAUUGGCCAAUAAUGGGCAACAUUAGAUUUGAUAUUUUCUCAGGAACUAUUUGAAUCUGUGUUUUUAUUGACACUAUUUACUUAAAAUGUCCUGGGUGUGGGAAGUAGGAGAGGCGAAGGAAAUGGGGGGCGUGGAUGUGGAUGUCCAAGGUUUUUAAAGAAAGAAAGAGCCAAGCAAGUUUAAGGCCCAGUUUCACAGACAGGGAUAAA